AUGGGGUGAGGGGGGAGCCAGGGUCCCUUGAGAUGGGGACAGGCACCUCCCAGGCGAGCAGCGAGAGUCCAGCCUCCUCUCAGCCACGGGGGCAGGAGGCUGCAGGGGUGGAGGAGGGUGCUGGAGAGGGACCACGUGAGACUCCUGCUGACAGGGCUCUUGUGCUGGCGAGGGCAGCAUGGCCCCAUCUCUGCCCCCCGUGCCCCACUUCCCUUCCUCUCAGCGGUCCUGGACUCACCCUCUCCCCUUUCCUCCCCACUGCAGUGAUUCCCAGACCAGCCACUGAGGACGAGGACGAGGACGAGGAGGAAGAUGAAGAUGGGAGUCCACCUGAGGAAGCUGCCCGCCUCCUUGUGAUAAAACACCUCCAGGAACCAGGGCAGAGGCUGGACGGGAAGGAUGGGCAGCGCUUCCUGCUAGCAAUCCUCACCCUGAGCACAGUUGCGGAGCAGAGCACAGAGGUGGCCAUGCAGCUGGAGGGCCUGAAAGUGCCCAUGGUCGAGAAGAUUGUGGUGAGUACGAUGCAGCACGGGAUGGUGUGGAGAGAGGGAAGGAGAGGAGAAACGGUCUCGUGGAUCUACUCAGAUUAUGGUUUCAUGAAUGUAAUGGAAAUUGUGAAAUCAGGCAAUGUCUGCAAAAUCCGCAGGAAAAAAAAUUUACUAGAAGUAAAAAAUGCUGGCUCCCCAGUGGGAGCCACCAGUCCUUGCGGCCACUAUGGCUACCAGCUGUAG